AACUCUCUUUGCGAAGUUAGCACAACGGCGAUGUAUUCGGGCCAGCCAGCUAUGGAUACUUCACUGAUGAGCUUUACUCUCUCGGUUGUCAUCGUCUUAUUGUCAUUCCUUGUUUUCGGGGUCAUCAGGCGAAUUUACUUCCACCCGCUUUCACACUUUCCUGGCCCAAAGCUGGCAGCACUUUCCAAUUAUCCGUACAGCAAAAGUUUUCUAAGCGGCAAACAACCAUGGGAUAUUCUGAAGCUACACGAAAAUUAUGGGCCCGCAGUCCGCAUCUCGCCAAACGAGAUUUCCUUCUCCUCACCGCAAUCGUGGACCGACAUCUACGCCCCCCGCAAAGGCAACGAGUUCAUCAAAUCGGCAUUCUACGAUGGCGGAAAUUUCGCGGACCAGGCACAUAGCAUUGUGAGCGAGCGGGACCCCGCGAAGCAUGCUCAGAUGAGGAAGUUCCUAUCGCGCGCUUUCUCGGAGCAGAGCCUGAGGGAGCAAGAAGAUAUGAUCAGUAGUGUCAUUACCAAAUUUGUGGAGAGAAUUGGAGAGGUUAGCGAGAAGGAGGGAUCAGCCGACUUGACUAAGUGGUUCAAUUUGAUGACGUUUGACAUCAUUGGGCUGCUUGCCUUUGGCCAGGACUUCGAGGGCAUUGAAAGUGGAAAAACACACCACUGGAUCGAAGAUGUCCUCGGCAGCAUGUCGCAAGCCAGCUUCUCGGAUACCUUCGCGCGCUUUCCUUGGGUCGGAAAGCUUUAUAUGUUCUGCAGACCGGGCUGGCUCAAUUCACUCAUGGCUGCGAGCCAAAGACAUCAAAGAUAUACCAUGAGAAUCACGAAACAGAGAAUAGAUGAAAGGACCGAGAGAAAGGAUUUCAUGGCAUAUCUUCUAUCAGCGCGCGAGGGCAUUAGUGAUAUACAGCUUGCGGCACACGCCUCAGACUUUGUCAUUGCAGGGAGUGAAACUACAGCGACAACUCUAACUGUAGUCCUAUACUACCUCUGCCACACCCCCUCUAUGCUGCAGACCGUCCGCAAAGAAAUCUUCGACACAUUCAUGAAUUAUGAGGAUAUAAACGGAACUAGCACUGCAAGGCUUCGUUACCAACAUGCCGUGUGCUUGGAGGCUCUCAGAAUCUUUCCGCCACUACCGCUAGGGUUACCAAGAGUGGUCCCGGAAGGCGGUGCAUUGGUAGACGGCCAAUUUGUGCCGGGAGGGUUCUGCGUUUCGACCAAUCCAUACGCCGCCAGUAUGAGCUCCCGUAACUUCUCGCUUCCUGAACACUUUAGACCGGAGCGUUGGCUCGAAGGUAAAGCCGGCGGAGAUACUCUUGAGGCUAGCAGACCCUUUUCGCUAGGAAGCAGGAGUUGCCUCGGGCGCAGUUUGGCCUGGUUGGAACUGAACAUUACCCUCACUCGAUUGCUCUUUCGUUAUGAUAUUUCGGUGGUAGGUGCGGUGGACUGGCAUGGAGAAAGUGAGAUGCAUCUGUUAUGGAAAAAGCCCGAGUUUCGGGUAAAACUUGUACGAAGAAGUCAGUAA